GGUCCUGUCACAACUUGACGUAUGUGUGUGUGUCACACGACGCAUCUUUCAGUUUUCCUAUUUCUGUUCUCGAGUGUGUUUGUUUCUGUUCUGUUCAUCGGUUUCCGGUGACCGCCAUUUUCCCGACCUAUUAUACUGUGAAAUCCAAACAAAAUGGCAGACACAGAAGAUCUUCUUGAUUAUGAAGACGAGGAACAGACCGAGCAGACCACCAAUGAGGCCUCAACAGAAGUCAAAAAGGCGGUGAAGGGUACAUAUGUGUCUAUCCACAGUUCUGGCUUCAGGGAUUUCCUUCUUAAGCCGGAAAUCUUGAGGGCUAUUGUUGAUUGUGGUUUUGAGCAUCCCUCUGAAGUGCAACACGAGUGUAUCCCGCAAGCGGUCCUGGGCAUGGACAUCCUCUGUCAAGCGAAGUCCGGCAUGGGCAAAACGGCCGUGUUCGUUCUCGCGACGUUGCAGCAACUCGAACCGACCGAGAACGUGGUCUACGUGCUCGUCAUGUGUCACACGCGGGAGCUCGCCUUCCAAAUCAGCAAGGAGUACGAGCGUUUCAGCAAGUACAUGUCCAACAUCAAGGUCGGUGUGUUUUUCGGGGGCAUGCCCAUCCAGAAGGACGAGGAGGUGCUGAAGAAUAACUGUCCGCACAUCGUGGUCGGCACCCCGGGGCGCAUUUUGGCCCUGGUCAAGUCCAAGAAGCUCAACCUGAAGAAUCUCAAGCACUUUAUACUGGACGAGUGCGACAAGAUGCUGGAAUUGUUAGAUAUGCGUCGCGACGUGCAAGAAAUCUACCGCAACACGCCGCACGGCAAACAAGUCAUGAUGUUCAGCGCCACCCUCAGCAAAGACAUCCGACCGGUCUGCAAGAAGUUUAUGCAAGAUGUAAUUUACUACUACACUUUACUACUACUACUACUACUAGCACUACCACUAGUAUUUGGCGCUCGUUUUACCGACGUUCCAGUAUCAUCGACAACUUGAAAACCGAUUUUCCUUUUUCUAAUAUCAAACAAAAAACAAAAACAAACGAGUUUCAAGCGACACGCGUAACGGGGUUUAGUGUACUGUAGCCCAACGUGUAGGUCGUCAAAAAAUAAGGGAGGGACUUUGUUUACUUACACUCGCUAAAGGCAGGGAUGGAUUUGAAGAUUUUCGGCAGCGCUACAGUACAACAAAAUUUGGGACCUAUCAGAGAACAUACUACGGUUUAAAUUUGGUUGAAUUUUGGUUUAAAAAAAAAAAAUCUUAAGAAGACUCUCCAUGUAAGAGGGAUCGGACCACAUGGAAGCGAGAGAAGAAGACGACGACGACGUGACAAAAAAAAUAAUUACGAAUCGCCCCCCCCCCCGAUUGGGAUUUAUGGCCGUCGAUGGCGGCGUUCUCGUCGUUUUUUGCCGUAUGUACAUUUCGAGGCUGUGACGUCCAAUGCGUUGCGUUUUACUGGAUUAUCGUAAUGUUUUUU